AUGGUUCUACGUCGGAUUGUAGUGUUGCAAGUGUUUUGCUGCUGUUUGUGGUUGGUGGGCGGGUUUCUGGACCCUCACGUUAUCAACAGUCUCACGGAGAUGAUAUCGGAAAUGAAGGACAUCGACUAUGGGAAUCCUCAGUUGCGGCAGGUGUACGAUUAUGUGAUUGUUGGUGCUGGACCAGCCGGGUGCGUGCUGGCCAAUCGAUUGUCGGAGGAUCCAAAGGUGUCCGUGUUGAUACUGGAGCUAGGAAGAGGCGAAAGGCCAGCCUUUGCUGAACCUCCGAUGCUUGGUCCGAUGCUGAUGGGGUCCGAUUAUAGUUUCGGCUACGAAACGGAACAUCAGAACUACGGUUGCCUCGGAUUAACGGGGCGCAAGUGUAGUUGGACGCACGGACGCGGGGUCGGAGGAUCAUCCAUCAUUAAUAACAUCAUCUACACGCGUGGCAAUCGACGAGACUUUGAUAAUUGGGCCCGCGCCGGUAUGGAGGGCUGGAGUUGGGAGGAAGUGCUUCCGUACUACAAAAAAAUUGAACAGGCCAACAUUAAAGACUUUGACCAGAACGGUGCACAUGGCAAGACGGGCCGUGUAUCGGUGGAAGAUUGUCCAUUCCGGUCGGAGGUCGCCAAAGCGUUCGUUGCGAGUGCAGCCGAUUCGGGCUAUCCGUAUCUGGACUAUAACGCUGGAGACAAUCUGGGUGUAUCGUUUCUGCAGGCACAUUCAAGGCGUGGACAUCGGGUGACGGCAGGAACUGCCUAUUUGAAAGACAUAAAGCACCGUCCGAAUCUUCACAUCUCGACACGCUCGUGGGCGACGGAAGUUCUUUUCAAAGAAGAUAAAAAGGAAGCUAUUGGAGUAAGGUUUACCAAGAACAAGCGCUACCACACGGUGAGAGCUAGAAGGGAGGUGAUCUUAUCGGCGGGUGCAUUUGAAACGCCGAAACUUCUUAUGAACUCGGGCAUUGGUCCAGCGGCAGAUUUGAGGCGACACGGCAUACGGGUAGUACAGGAUCUCCCAGUAGGUCAGCGGGUCUACGAGCAUGGCGGUUUGUUUGGGCCGAUUUUCAUCAUUCGAAAUGGAUCUCCUCUCGAGCGAAAUCUGCUCAGCUUGGAGCAAGUUCUUACGGUGGACGAGAUUCUGCGCUUCCGCAAUGGCACUGGGCCACUCACCUCGAACUCCAUCGAAAGCUUGCUGUACGUGAAAAGUCCGUACGCAGCUGAUCCUGAUCCGGGCAUGCCGGAUGUGGAGGUGAUGCAAUCGUUUACCUCGAUGAGCUUCGAUUCUUCGAUCGCGACACGUCUUGCGUACCGCUUGCCCGAUUCGCUGGUACGCAAGUACUUCGAUCCGCUGAUUGGUGUGCGUAACUUUAUGUUUCUGCCGAUGCUGCUAAAACCACACACGGUGGGUAAGGUGAAGCUGAAGUCACGCAAUCCGUUCCACCAUCCCGUGUUCCAGUACCAGUACUUUGAGGAUGAACGUGAUGUGGAAGCGUUGGUGUACUCGAUCAAGGAGGUGUUGAGAAUUGCACAAGCGGAACCGCUGCAGCGUCUGGGCAUAGAGCUGUACAGCAGGCCAGUGCCUGGCUGUGAGCAUGCCCCGUUCAACUCGGACGAUUACUGGCGUUGCCAUGUGAGAACCCUUACGACCACGUUCCAACAUCAGGUGGCUACUUGUCGGAUGGGUCCGGACGGCGAUCCUGACGCGGUGGUUGAUCCUCGGUUGCGUGUUCGCGGAAUACGACGACUUCGGGUGGUGGAUGCGGGCAUCAUACCUGAACCUCCGUCAGCCCACACGUGUGCGAUGGCCUAUCUGAUUGGCGAAAAGGGUGCCGAUAUGAUUAAGGAAGAUAAUCAGUAG